CAAAAUAUAAAAACAAAAACUAUUCCACACAACAGUAUGUGCAAAAAAUCAAAACAAAUACCAACAAACAUAAAUAAACCAAAAAAAAAAACACACAAUAACAAUAACCAACGUCAAGCAACAAGAAAAAUUAUUAUGAGUAGAAUAAUAACAACAACCACUUAUGCAGAGAAAUAUCAAAAAAAAAAAGCAAACAAAGCAAAAACAAAAUAAAAUGUUAUGAGAGUGCAUGAGAAUGUGUGAGUGUUAAAAGCAACAGCAAUAAAGAAAAAAAAUAAAACAUUUUUGUUGUGGAAGAUAAAGUAAGCAAAGCAAAAACAACAAGAAAAUGUACAGAGGAAAAAAAGCGGCGUCAGUGGAUUUAAUUUGUUGAGUGUGUAAAGAGCAAAGAAGAAAAAAAGAAGGCAAUGAUUGUUAAGAAGAAAUUAAACAAAAUUUAUUAUUAAUUAAUAUUAAAAAAAUUAUUAAAUUUAAUUUGAGUAAAAAAAGAAAAUUCUAUACAAAAGAAAGAAAAAAUAAAACAAAGAAAUAAAUUACAACAAGUUAAACAAAAAACAAGAAGAAACAAAGAAAAUUUUUGUAGUGUUUUUAUGGUUUUGUGUGUUUUCGACGAAAUCUCAAGUUAACAAAAUGAUCAACACUUUAUUGGAGCAUGUGCCCAUUAAAAUGGAAGUUACCGAAGUGGAGGAAGAAGAGGUCAAUGAGAGACCAGCUAAAGACUUGAAUGCAGGACAAAUGGCUAAAGAUGAUGAGCAUAUAAAUGAGACAGAUGAAGAUUUGGGAGAUGUAGAGGACGAUGAAGAAGAUGACGAUGAGGAGGAGGACGAUGAAGAAGAGGAUGAUGAAGAAGAGGAGUCUGAUACCGAAACCGAUGCCUUAGAAAUUGAACAAGAAGCCACCAUGUUAAUAAGCAGUGAUGAAGAAGCUGAAUUGGAAGCCCAAAGAAUACGUUUUCCAGACUUAGUCGAAGGCAAGAAAACCAGACGCGAUUCCUUAAAAACAUCACGUAGCUCUUCCAGGAAUAGCCAAACUAGUAAUAACUCUUCCAUUAAAUCGGUUAACAAACUAAAAACACCACAUGAAAACAAAGAAGAAAUCCAACAGAAACAAAGAAUUUCACCUCGCCUCAAGCUGGUAGAGAAUACUAUAACAGCCGAAAACUUACAAAAAGAGCCACACAAUAACACCAACAACAGCAGCAACAGCAGUAGCACUAACACCAUAAUAGAAAAGAAAAUGCAAAAUAAAUUACAAGAAAAUAAUAACAAAAACAAUAGAUCCCCUACGGCAGAAGAAAUCAGCAAAACAUUGGAACUUAAUAAAGUAAAUUCCAACCAAACUGCAACACUUUCCAUACCUCCAGCCAAAAGUCGACGUGGUAGUAAUAACUCUACCUGUAGUAUAGCUUCCACUGUAGGCUCUGAUACCUCGGAAACAGAAUCCUGUGGUAAUAUAUACGUUUUUAAUCUACAACAAAAACUCAUAUUCAAUUGUGAGUUUUGUGAUUUGAAAUAUGGUGAUUUGGAAAACUUUGGCCGACAUCUGCAUGAAGCCCAUAAACUCUUUCACUUUGAUGAGGAUCCUGAAAAGGAAAAUGCACCGCGUAAUGUACGUAAAAGUAAUUGUAAUAAUGCGGCAAAAACAAACAUCACCUCCAUCAAGAAAGAACCUCUACAAUGUUUUGAUUCAACAACAAUGGCGCCAGAACCACCUGUUGCCUUGCCUCUAUCCGUUUUGGCUGAGCCAUUAGAAUCGUGUGGCAAUGUUUUUAUGCUGAAUCAUCGUAAAUUGUUUUUAGUCUGUGGCUAUUGUGAGUGUAAAUAUGCGAAUUUGGAUUUGUUUGAGAAACAUUUGCGUCAACAGCAUCGUAUUUUUGAGGGUUGUCGUAAUGAGUUGAAUGUGGUGCCUAAAGUGGAGAUCAAACAGGAAAUGUUUGUUAUUAGUGAGGUGGUGGGCGGUAAAACAAGUCGUGCUGCUCCUCAGGCAAUGGUUUCUAUACCAGCAGAAAUUCCUUUAAACAUUAGUAUAUCUCCAGAAAAUGAGGCUGCUACUUUAGCUGCUUUAGAUGAUACUCUGGAUAUGGAAGAUAUUAGUUUGGAACAGCCUACUACUUCAACGUUAACUUCCAACAGUACAUUAGCUGUUAACAUGGGUGCUAACUCGAUUGAGGCAAUUAUUACAAAUGAAAAUUCCAAUUCUAAUGAAAAUGUCAAGGAUAUUCAAACAUCUGUUGCACCCAAGAAAACCAGAAAUAAAAGACGCUCUUCUCCUUUAAAACCUUUAGUUUCACCUAAUAAAAGACCGAAAAGAAAUACUAGAAAUACUACUAAAGUUCAGGAGGAGGCCAACUCUACGGUUGUAAAUAUCCCGGAGAAAAUCGUUCCUUCAGAAACAACUCAAACAAUGGAAACAGAGAAUACAAUUGAAGCUGUAAAAACUAUAGAAAAUGAAGACAACAAACCAGCCAGCAACAAUCAAGAAAUCGUAGUUUCUAAAGAAUCCAAAAAUAUAAUAAAAAUGUGUGAAACUAAUGAAACAGCUCCUCCACAGCCUACAGAAACUAAAGUAAACAAGAAGCUUACAAAAGCCACGGAAUCAAAAAGAACAUCAUCUCCAGAAGUAAUAGAAAUAGAGAAAUCUACAACGGAAUCAAAUAAAGAAACUGAGCCAGAAGCUGAAGAAAGUAAGGAAGCUAAAAGAUCUGCAGAAAGGAGAAAAACACCUUCUAUAGAAAUGACUAUAGAUAUUAAGAAAUCCACAACUCCAGAAACAAUAGAAAUGAAGAAAACUACAAAAGCUUCAAUUGUUGUAGAACCAAAACAACCUAAGGAAAGUAAGAAAACGACAAAAGCUGCAGAAGCCAAAAAACCAAAAGAAUCACUAGAACCAGCUGAAUGUAAAGAAACCACAAAAACAGAUGCAGCAAUAACUGUGGUUAAUGACGAAUCUAAAGAGUCCCAUUUAUUGACAAAGUCUAACGAAACAAAACGACCAGAAACUCCUGCAGGCAAUAAAAGGGGAAGAAAAUCAAUUAAGGCACAAGAAACCAAGAAACAAGUAAUACAAGAAACACAAGAAACAAUUGCUGAAGAUAACAGGAAACAUACGAAAACAGAGGCAACCGCAGAAAACAAAACAAUAACAAAAAUACAAGAAUCUAAUGCAGACACUACAGUUGUUGAAAAUACAGCAACCAAAACUAGAAGAAAAUCAACAAGAGCGUUAGAUUUAGCUAAACCAGCAACACCGGAACCAGUAGCAAUUGUUGAAAACCAAAAAUCUACAAAAUUGGAAGCAGUAACAGCUCAAGAAACAAAAAGACCCAGAAAAGCAAUAAAAGUUGUAGAAACUGAAGAGAAACCUGUACAAGAAGCUGCUGUAGGCACAGAGAAACCUACAAAAUCUGAAGCAACAACAGUACAAGAAGCAAAAAGAGGUAGAAAAUCGAAAGUUGUAGAAACUGAGGAAGAAACUAUAACAACACAGGAGCCACCAGCAGCAACUAAAGAAACCGGCAGAAAGUCUAACAAACCGACAGAAAUUAAGAAACUUACCAAACAGGAAGUAACUGAAACCGAACUAGAGCCGGAAACUAGUGAAAAUGAAAUGCAAUGUGAUGAAUGCGAUAAGAAAUUUACACGAAGAGAAAGUUUAAAAAUCCACAAACGAGUACACACCGGCGAAAAACCCUUCCAAUGUGAUAUUUGUCAAAAAAGUUUCCGGGCCAAACAAAACCUAACCAUGCACAAAAAGUUUCACAUGGGAGAGGCAUCGAAAAAUUUUGAAUGUGAACAUUGCGAUAAGAAGUUUCUACGUAAUACCGAUCUUAAGGUGCAUAUGAGAACGCAUACGGGUGAAAAGAAAUUCAAAUGUGGCAUUUGCUUACAGGGAUAUGCUUCCAAACUUAAUGUACAGACCCACAUAGAAAGAGACCAUUUGCCAGAGGAUGGUGUGGUGGGUAAACCGCCUAGAGGUAAAAAGAAAUCAGGACCUAAUUCUAAAGUUUUAAGAGAAGAAUUGGAAUAUCAAAAGAAAAUUAUACAUAAAUUGCAACAGGCUAAGAUAGAGAAGGAUAUAAAUAAAACUACUUUAUGUGCAGCACCAAUAGCUCUUAAUGUAGGUGAACAAUUACAGACAGAAACACUACAUUAUCAGCAGCAGCCGGAUAGUGAAAUGCAAGAUCUUAAUGCUGAUCCUGUUAAUGAUAUUAUAGAACAAAUACAAAAUGAAAUACUUUUAGGAGAACAACAGCAAACGCAACAAGAAAACACACAAGUUAAUGCCGUAACCUAUAUCAUUAACACAAUGUCUGAACCGAAUGAAGUAUUAAAUCUAACAAAUGAUACAACUAAGAAUACAACCCUUAUACUAGAGACACAGUCCAAUGAAUUACUUAAUUCCCCUGAAGAUAUUAAACCCACUUUAAUGCAGGUUGUUAAACGCUACUGCUGUGAUCAGUGUAAUCGCAGUUUUAAGAAACACAUACGUCUGGUGGAACAUCAACGUGUUCAUACGGGUGAAAAACCUUUUGAAUGUGAUGAAUGUGGUAAACAGUUUCGCAUACGCAUGCGUUUAAGUGAACACAAACUACGACAUUCCAAAGAAAAGAAAUUCAAAUGUGAAGUCUGUAAUCUGGGAUGUUGCACUAAACAGGAUUUAAAUCUACACAUGCGUCAUCAUACCAAUGACAGACGUUUUCAAUGUUCCAUGUGCCCCAAGGCAUUUGUACGUAGUUCAGAUUUGAAAAUACACGUACGCGUCCACACCGGUGAGAAGCCUUUUGUUUGUGACAUUUGUCACAAAUGUUUCCGAGCCAAUCAAAAUCUUAGUGUUCACAAAAAAUCACAUAUGGGUGAUGCUUCCAAAACCUAUCAGUGUGAACAUUGUGAUAAGAAAUUUAUGCGAAAUAUUGAUCGUAAAGUUCACAUGAGAACUCAUACCGGAGAAAAACCUUAUAAAUGUGAGAUUUGUCAACGUGGUUACUCUUCUCGUUACAAUGUACGAGCUCAUAUAGAAAGAGAUCAUAUAUCUGCCCAUAAUGUAGGAUCGCCACCGAAAAGUAAAAAACGUCCUGGACCUAAACCUAAAGGCUUAAAGGCUGAAUUGGAAAAACAAAAGAAACUUAUAGAGGAAUUACAAAAUCAACUCUUACAACAAAUUAAAACUGAUGAGAAAAUCAUUAACUGUGAAGAGGAAAUCUUACCUCAUGAUACUCUACAAGAUAGCACCAUAACGGCGUCAACACCUCUAAUCAACAGCUCCAGUAUAAGUCAUGAUCCCAUACAAAGUGCUUAUGAUUUACUAAAUAAACUCAAAUCGGCCUCAACUACCUCUAAACCUUUAACUCUGAUACCCUCUCCACCACCUUUAAAGGACAUUGGCUCUAAUCCCUUUACCAAAGCCAAAAAGGCUGCCACCUCUACAUUACUACCUCUAACUAUAACACAAAAAAUUGAACAACAUUCACCGGCUCCCUCUACAGCCUCUUCCAAUACUUCAUUAUCAUGUCUCAGUACACCCUCACCUCCUAAGACUACAGCUACUAAAGUAGUGUCACAAAAAACCUCUCUGGGUAUACAACAAGUAUCGGUGACAGUAUCUAUGCAAGUGGAAAAUGUAACAACAGCCACUACUCCUACUACUCCCGAAAAAGAGAAUGCUGGCAUUUUGACAACAAGCACAACAAACGAUGGUACACAAACGACAACAUCAUCAUCGACGUCUAGUGUUAAGAAAGAAAGAAAAAUAACAAGUUAUUUUACGGUGGUGGGUCAAAAGGCAGAUGUUUAGGGAGUUCACACACACACCCACACAUACAUCAAUUCAAGAAGGCAUGUUUGUUAGUGAAAUAACAGGAGUUUUAUAAGGUAAACUGAUUUCUUUUGCAAAUAACUUAAGAGUAAAGACAAUAAAAUAAGAUUUUCUUUAAAUUUUUUUUCUUUUAUAAUUAUUUAUUAAUUUAAAUACUUUUUUAUAUAAAUUAUUCUAUAGUCUUGUUAUAGUCUAGCCUAUAGAGUAGUUCAUAGUUUGGUUUUUAGUUCAGUCUAAAGUGUAGUCUAUAGUCUAAUCUUUAGAGUAGUCUAUAGACAAGACUAGAGACUGAACUACUUAUAGACUAGAUUUGUUUAAAGUCUACUAAAGUCUAUACUAAAGAUUUAACUAAAAAAGAUUAAACUAAACUACAGUCUAGACUAGUAUAUAGUCUAGCCUAUAAUUUUGUCUAGACUAUAGACUAGACUAAAGACUAGACUAUAGACUAGACUAUAGACUAAACAAUAGACUAGACUGUACACUAAUGUCUGGUCUUAAGUCUAUUCUAUAGUCUAAUCUAUAUUCAUGACUACUGUCUGCUCUAUAGUGAUGUCUGUAGUAUAGUAUUUACUCUAGUCUACUAUAUAAUCUAGUCUAAAGUCUACUAUAUAAUCUAGUAAAUCUAGAC